CCAGACUUUGCUGGGAAUGGCUACCUCGGUCAUCCGAACCUAGAAGCUCGCAUCGGGGACGGCUUCGUGGACGCGCGCGGGGCAGCUUGCACAAUGCACCAUCACCACGAGUGAGGGCAGGCUCAGGACUGCUCUGUAGAUGAGGGGUCGUCUCAAUAGGGAUCUGGUAGGUCGUAGACACUGCUGAAGCGUCAGGACGACACCGAAUAGUAAGGGGCACGGCUUUUCCUUACACUGUGCUUCCGCUCUACUACCAUCAAGGUGACCAUAUCGAGACCAUUAUGGCUUUUCAAGCCCCGGAGAAGAUGCGAGCCGUGGUGUUCAAGGGCGACUAUGAUGUUGCCGUGGAAGACCGACCAUAUCCCAAGCUCAAGAACCCGACCGACGCGAUCCUCAAAGUCACCUCGACGGCUCUCUGCGGCAGUGACCUGCACUUCUAUCGCGGACAUCUCAAGUGCCCGCCGAACUUCAUUUGCGGACACGAGUUUGUGGGCGAGAUCGUGGAGAAGGGAGAUGGAGUGAGCAAGUUCAAGAUCGGCGACAAGGUGGUCGUGCCAUUCUACACAGCAUGCGGAGAGUGUUACUACUGUGUUCGAGGACAAGCUUCACGAUGUGCAAAGGGCGAGUUGUUUGGCAACUCGGCGCCUGCAAACACGAUUGAUGGCGGCCAAGCCGAAUACGUCCGCUGCCCUCUCGCAGACAGCACUUUCGUCCUCGCACCCUCCAACAUUCCCGAGGAGAUGCUGGUCCUGAUGGCCGAUAUCUUUCCCACAGGUUACUUCGCCGCCUCUCGCUACCUUAAGAACCUGCCCGAACGCGACCGAAAAGAGUACACUGUGGUCUGCGUUGGCUGUGGGCCAGUCGGGAUCUGCGCCAUCACCUGCGCCUUGACCAUGGUAGAUACCGUCUACGCCAUCGACUCCAUACCCGAACGUCUCGAGCAAGCCAAAGCCCUUGGUGCCAUCCCUAUCAACCUCAACGAUAAUCCCGUGCAGAAGAUUAAAGACGUCACGGAGGGAAGGGGCGCGGAUGUAGUCCUGGAGGUGGUGGGACAUGCGGAUGCAUGGAAUUUGGCUUUUGAUAUGAUACGUCCUUGGGGCGCCAUCUCGAGUAUUGGAGUCUAUACUGAAAAGUGGGAAGUCAACGGUCUCUUGUUGUAUGGCAAGAAUGUCCAAAUGGCUUUUGGUCGAUGUCCUGUGAGGAGUAUCUUCGAGGAGGCAUUGAACUUGCUAGUGAAGGAGCAGAAGAAGGUUGCUUUUCUUUGUGGCAAAACGAUGAGCUUGGAAGAUGCGCCGCAGGCUUACAAGGACUUUGAGCAAAGGAAAGUGCACAAGAUUGUAUUCAAGAUGGGAAAUGUGAAGGAAAAGGAGAUCAAGGCGAUCGUCUGAGACAUCACUGUACAAAACGAGGAGGCAGUCUGUUCUGUGCGUCUUGGGAGUUUGUAUUCCCAAAAGUACCUACUCCCUAUUGUUCAUUGACCGCUUUGUUACGAUAGUCAGCCAAGACCAUUCACGUACUUCUCCG